AUGGCUGAGCCGUGCCUGAACAGCUUCGGGAGCCGCGCGUUCCAGGACCCGCACCUCAAUUUUGCGCACGGCGGCCAGGCCGACUUUCGCGGCCGCCACAACGUGCUUUAUAACUUCCUCUCUGCGCCCGGACUCUCGGUCAACGUCAAAAUUCAGGAGGCGGUCUUCACAAUCCACGACGGGGCGCUCACAGUCAAUGGCUCCUUCCUAGUAGAGGCGCACGUCGUCGCGCGCUUUGCCAAUCAGAGGAGCGCGAAAGCCUCGUUCUGGGGGUCCGAGCUCAGCGAGACCAACUUUGGCUGGCAGGUCAUCAAUGGAACUUGCGUCGGCCGCCCGUUCCGGUUCGGCAGACGCGGCCACAAGACCUGCUACGGCCUCAAGAUGGCCAUGGCCUACUCGAGCGCCACCUUCGAGUUGGGCAACUGGACAGUGACGGUGCACGGCAUGCAAAGCUGCAAAGGCUGCCUUAUCGCGGGACCCGAGCACCGCCUGGACCUAGGCUUCUCCGCGCGCGGAGACGCGCCAUCUCGCGACAGGCCUCACGGCAUCGUCGGUCAGUCUUACGCCGCCCCUUUCCACGCGCGGCACGGAAAGAAGGACCUCUACCCGUGGUCGGGCCACUAUACGACCAGCGCCCAGGCGGAAGGCGCCAUUGAGGGCACGGCCUCCGAGUACGAGAUGCAAUCCGCCUUCGCGACCGAGUUCGCUUUCUCGCGCUUCAACGCGUUUGCGGCAAAAGGCGACCACGCGGCGGUCGGGAGCUCAAAGACCACGGACAUCGUCGAUGCGUCUUCAAUCGAGCGCGUCGCAGAUCCCGCCACCGAGGAGGAGCGCCGGCGACUCUCCGAGGCGCCGUGCCCACCCCCAUCGCCACCGCCUGUUCCGUCGCCUCCGAAGGAGGACCCAACCUACCAAAGCCUCACCUGCGCUACGGGCAAGAAGAAGGAUUUCUACAUAGUCGAAGCGUGGCCGGUCAACGCAGCCCACGACCCCGCGACAGAAGAAGGACCACCGCAGAUGCGAGCGGUCGCGCUCAAUGAGCACCGCCGUGGCCAGACGCAGUGCGAGGAGGAGGUCACAGUUGAGGAGGCACAGCGGCGCUUCGCUCGCCUCGCAGACGGAGAGCUCUCGCCGCCGGUGGCGCUGAGAGGGCUGCGAGCUGUCCACCGGCAGCGCCUCAGCAAGGGGCUACACUUUGUGUGCCUGCGCUGCCCGAGCGGGCGGACCAUCGAGGCGGUCUUGCGCACCGAACUGCUGGCGGACCAGCAGCUGGGCCAGCUGUACCGGCUGGGCGACGCUCUGACGGUGAGCGGCGCCCUCGAGGCUCGCAGAGGCAGGCUCUCGAUCCGCGCCACCCGGCUGAGCGUGGACGAGCCGUGGACGAGCCUCUUUGGCGACAUACCGUUUGUGCACGACUUUGCCGCCGCUGCAGCCGCGGGCGGCGCGGGCGACGUCCUGCUCCAGACGGCCAUCUCGCACGCGGAGCGGGUGCGAGAGCGGCUCGAUGCGAACGCCGGCGUGCGCUGCGUGGCCGGUCUGGUGCGGCCCGUUGCGGAUGGGUCGCGGCACAUGGAGUGCGGCCUCCUCGUCGAGCUGGGCGAGCCGAUGCCUGCCCUCGAGGAGGCCGUUCGAGCCGACGCGGCGCUGCCGGACGCCGUCGUGCAGCGCAUCUACCCGCUCUCGGAACGGCACGGCACGCUCUCUGCCGCCUGCGACGCCCUCGCCGGCAUGAUCCUCGCCGCUUCGCCGCGCCCAACCUGCCGCGAGGCGCUUCCUCGGCUGCUCGAGCGCAGCCGCACCUCCGGGCCGUACGACCUCUACUGCUGCGACAUGAACGCCCCGCCCGCCGUCGCGACCGACUUGCUGCUUCAGGCGCUGCCGCUGCUGCGGGCGGGCGCCGUGGUCGUGCUCACCUUCAAAAACACCUUCAAGAAGCCCGCGCCGUGGCACGAGGCGUGUGAGGCCGCGCUGGCGCGGCUGCGCGGUCCGCUCGACGGCGUCCGCUCCGUGCAGCUCUUUGCAAACACCGUGCGCGAGUGCACCGUCCUUGGCGAGGUGCGGGCGGCAGCGGAGGCGGGCGCUGCUGAGCGAUGCAGAGCGAUGCAGAGCGGCCGCGCCAUGCUCCUGCGGCGGAUCCUCGCCGACUACUUCGCCGAGCACGCCCCUGAUGGCUCGCACAAGGUCGAGAACCUCGUGGCGCGCGUCGUGGGCGGCCCCCCCACCGCGCUCGACGGCGUCGGCGUCGUGGGCGGAGUCCUAUGGGACGAGGCGGAGCUGUUCUCAAGGCUCGAGGCCAAGUACGGCGCGAAGGUGGACCCCGAUCCGUAG